AUGGUCCAGAAACUUAACCAUUCAAAAAACUUCAUGGAGAUCGAUAGUAAGAAUCGCACUAUGCUUGAAUUAGUUAUUAACCAAAUCUUCCUAACUAGUUCAUAUGGAUGUGCACGUGUUUCAACAACUGUUAUCCGUACAGUUUUGGAUUAUAUCAUAAAUGUGCUCAAGAAUGAUCAGACAUUAGUUGAAAUGAAUGGCGAUGUUACGAUCGUUGGUGACUUACAUGGCCAAAUGGUGAAUUUGGUUCGUGCAUUAAGUGCCGGCCAACUUAAUCCAACAUCUAAGUUUGUUUUUCUUGGAGAUUACGUCGAUCGCGGUCAAAACUCGCUUGAAGUUAUAGUACUCCUUUAUGCUUUGAAGAUCCUAUAUCCAAACAACAUUUGUUUACUUCGAGGAAAUCACGAAGCACAAUUACAAUCCGAGCCAGAUGGAUUUUACUGCGAAUGCUGCAAGAAAGCAAACACUUCUAUAUAUGAAGAAUUUAUCAAAUCCUUUGAUUAUCUUCCUCUUGCUGCAAUUGUAAAUAAAUCCAUCUUUUGCGUGCAUGGUGGAAUCUCCCCUCAUCUUGAUUUCGUCCAGCAAAUCCGAGAAAUUCGUCGACCAAUUGGUGUUCCACUUCGUGGUUUAAUUACAGAUCUUCUUUGGAGUGAUCCAGAUCCAAAAUGCUACACAUUUGGAGGAAACCCAAGAGGACAAACAGUUACAUGGGGUAAAAUAUCCUCAGAUCGCUUCUUAAUAAGGAAUCAUCUAAAAAUGAUUGUCCGCGGUCAUCAAGUUGCUAUUGAUGGAUACAAAUAUCCACUUACUGACAGAUCUGUUGUUACAUUGUUUACUGCUUCUGAUCCAAGUUUCAUGGCUUCAGGAAAAUCUUGUGUUAUGAAAGUUUUCUUUACUGAAAACUCUUAUAAAUUCAUCGAGCUCAAUGAAAAGACACCGAAAAUCUCGAUUUUCUCUUUACAUGCGGAUCCAAACAAAAAGAAAUCCGAUGCUCUUCCUCCACCUGUUCCUGAGAAGAAUCUUUCUAGACUUACAAGGAAUUCUUCAACAGAAAUGUUCCAUGUUAAGAAAGAACAACAGAAACCAACGAGACUUCGUAGAGCUAAUUCAUUCAAGGUAUUGUUAUAA